CGUCUGCCGUGACGUCACUAGUGUUGACAUCCCGGGACACAUGUCGACGACUUCCCAGAAGACCUCGCCUCAGAGGAGCCUGCUGACGGGCACAGGGGAGCCUUCUGGAGCAGCAAAACCACCACAUGGAGCCACUGACCUCCGACGCCAACUCGAUGAGCCCAGUCCCCAGAGCAGGUCCUCCUCCCUGAGAGAGAGGAACAGAAGGUUGGAGGAGGAGAACGCUGCACUGGAAGAGAAGCUGUCACGACUCCAGCGAGGUGUCCGUCAGAGUCGUGGUAGAAGCCCUGAAGCAGGAGGCGCUGUGGCGGAGCUGGAGAAGCUGAGGAGGCAAGCUCAGGAGCUCAUGGAUGAAAACCAGGCGCUGAAACUGACAGUUGACCGUCUGAAGGAGCGGCUGUGUCGCCACCGCUCCAGAACUCCGACCCACGAGGAGGAGCGGAGGACGACUGAGCUGGAGGAGGAGCUCCAGGAAACUCAGAGGCUCCACGAUGAAGCUGCACGGCCUGGAGGACACAGCCAGCAGGAAUGCUCUCAGCUCCAGCAGCUGGCCGCCCUAGUCCUGCAGGAGAAUCAGGCUCUGGUCCACCAGCUUGAGGCCCACCACUCCCGAACCAAAGCUGCCCGCGAAAAGCACCAGUGUGAAGUCUCCAAAGUCUCCAAGCAGCUGAUGCUAGCUGAGGUGGAGAAGGAGCGCCUGCAGGAGGCGCUGCAGGAGAGCAGCCGGCAGGUUAAGACCUGUCAGAGGGAGGUUCAGGUCCUGAAGGCUUGCCUGGAGGAGGCUGUCACCUGGGAGGAGCACUGCCGGAUCACUGGACGGCUGAACAGGCAAAGGGAGCAGCUGGAGAGCAGGACGCAGAGCCAGCUGGACGACCUGCUGCUGCGUGUGUCCAGCGAGCAGAAGCAGAGCGGCAGCCUGGCUCGAGACAAAGCCCAACUUGCCGCCCAAGUCGGACGGCUGGAGUCGGAACUGGAGCGCAGCAUACUCUCCAGCAGGACGGACGAGGCGAGGAUGAGUGUGCUGAAGCGACAGAAGAGGAGGUCUCAGCUGAAGGAGGAGAAGAGCCGUCUGUACCUGCAGGCUGCGGUGGCGGCCGCAGAGCACGUGUCCCUGGAGAGAGACCGCCUUCUGCUCAUGGCGUCUGACCUCCAGCAGCAGAGGGAUCAGUUCAUCAUCCGGAUUCAGAGUGACGCGGUUCAGUUCGGCAGGCUGGAGCAGGAAGUGAAGGAGUACCGGAGGCAGGUGACGAGCCGACUGGCGGCGCUGAAGGAGGCAGCGGAGGGGACGGCAGCGCGCUACCAGGGGGAGAUGCUCCACCUGCAGAGGCUGCUGAAGGAAAGACAGGAGGCGGAGGAGAGGCUGCUGCAGUGCAACCGGCGGCUGCAGGAGGAGCUGGAGGCGGUCUGGCUGGCCGCCCUCAGGGAGCCGCAGCGCGGCGUCUCCCCGGGUCAGAGCCCGGAGCCCCAGAGAAGAUCAGACGCUCUGGACAAGUGUGGUCUGGACCUGUACUGCUGACACUGCUGGUCCGUUCAGACUGCCGCAGAGAUGGACUUCGCGAGUCAGCCACUGCACUUUGCUGACACCAGCUGGUGGGUUCAGGUACUGCAGCAGGAGGAGGGUGAAAAGUCCCAAAUAAAGAGCUCAUGCGUCACCAAGAUGGAAUGAAUGUUCGCUCGUGUUUUCAUGUGAAUUGCUCGAGUUCCUCAGCUGCUUGUGUCGGUUUGAACACAAUCUGUUUGGAACCCGAACUGGGCCACUAGGGGGCAGCAGAGACCUCAUCAGCCAGCGACUGCGUAGAGCCAAAUCUAACGUCUGGUCAUAUCAAGAGGCCAGCGGCCUUCACGGACCGAGCGCUGGCUUGGCUUUGACUCACUUAGUUGGACUCUCUGCCGUGAAGGGUCUUUUGUUCUGUCAAGUUUCAUCCAGGAAGCGCGUUUGUUAAGCUAAACCACGUGUUCCCAGUUUCCGCAUGUGAGAAGCGUUGGUGCUGUACGUGAAAGCACCGUUGUGUAGCGCCACUGUGUCAUGGUCGGUUCAAAAUAACCUGUUGGAGUAAGACGCAGUCGCACCGCGAGAAUGAUGCGUGCGUCUCGCUAAUAAAUAAGAAUUGCCGUCUCUUGUUCCCCCUGAACACAACGUAUUUCUGCUGCAUUGGGCAACUCAACAGCGUUAACGUUCAUUUAAAGCACCAGCGCUUGACGGAGCACGGAGAGUUUUCUGGGCUCAUGAGAGUGAGAGCGCUGGUUCCUCAGCGCAGCUGUUAGUGCAGCUGCCGCAUAGCGACACCCGCGGGUCCGAGCGUGACAUUCGGAACGAUCAGCUAAUUUCCUGAGAAAUAAUCGUUCAUUUCACCGAGCUGGAUGAGCUGCCUUUCUCAGGUGACAUUUACACGGUGACGAAAACGUUGAUAAAGGCAGCGCUCUCUGUCUCCGCUACAGUGUGUCAGUAUUUCACCGACACAGCAAAGUCUCGAGAGACACUCGCCAAACUGCGACAUGGUCUCACAUGGAAUGAAGUGUUUUGUCAGUUGUGUCCUUUGGCAGAAUAGUUGCUGCGAGGGCUUUCUGUUUUUCCCCUCCGUGAAGAGGAAUAUGAAAACACGUCUCAGUUCAAAUGAUUUAAUGGUUCAUUUCUUCACAUCAUGGUCUCAUCAUUUGGAGUACAAAUUCAUUGUCAAGCCAUGUGACCAGUGUCUUCGGUGUUUUCUGAUACAAAACUGCAACUUAGCAAAUGAAGGUUUAUUGUCAUUGGUCGCAGCGCAGGAGGGAUUUUUGCCCAUUCUUCUUUACAGUCUCUAAAUCCUUUACGUUUCUUGGCUGCCUCUUGAAAACUGUGGGUUACUCACUGUAACCGUUGUUCUCUGAAGUGUGCGAAGCCCUCGACUGAGGCUUUGCUAUUGAUCGAAGCCAGGGGAGAAAUGUACCCCUUUGCUAGCCGCCACUAGUGAGUAAGUACGACCCCUCGCGGUGAAAAACCCCACCUAGUGAGGACACCGCCCCUGACUCUGCCUGAGCCGUAACCACACAAACUCCAAACACUGCAACACACUGGAGCCAGGAGGAGGUGGGAGACCAAGGAAUUAGGCCUGGAGGAGACACGCCCCAAAAAGGAGAGUUAAUUCACCACGUCCUGUCCGUCCUGAGUCCCGCAAAUGAAGGUGGCGGACAGGAAGCGAGCCUGGUCCGCCUGCGAGCCACUAACCUGUUACCAAUGCAACAAGAGCUUCAAGUGGCUUAAUGUGACGGAAGCAGGAAUCGUGGUCUUACCUUCCCAGACUGGGGGUUGUAAGACAUUAGCUGUGGAGAAAACAAAACAUGUAGUGAGGGAAAGGUGGACAUGAUGCUGGAGUAAAGGCACUUUCACACCGCGGACUCUGUCUCCAGACAAAGCUCUUUCGGCUCAGAAGUCCCAGAUGUCGGGUUUUGAUCCCAGCUGAAGAGCUACACUUUGUCUGGGGAAACUCUCCAUGGUGGGGAGCUUCUGGCCUCAGGUGACUCGGCACUCAAUGCCAGGAACUACAUGGACAGCGCAACUCUGCACCAACAUGAUAGAUGCCUGGCAGCAAAGGGUCUGAUGGCUGUCUGGGCCCACAACAUGGUUCAAAAACAACUUCUCAAACUCCCUGAACGCUGAGGUGAGCAGCUUCAGCUGCAGGAGACUGGUGCUGGGGAACAGGAGCGCAGAGGUCCAGGACUGGAGGUGUGUGCGGGGGUUUGAUACCUCAGGUGUUUUCUCCUUUAUUAGGCUGAUCAACACCUGAUGUUACUGACAGACAGAGUUGCUUCAGUGAAUCAUGCUGCGCUCUACAGUCACUGUUCUCACUGCUGUGAUCUGCAGCUGUCACUGCAUGAGGAGCACAGUGAGGAGGGAAGAGUUACCACCAGACCAUUCAUGGAUCACUUCUGACGUCUGGAUCUGGACUUCACUGACCAA